CGUUGGACGGACGGCAGAUGAAAUUGCUGCUCGACAACGUCUGGCAUUCGUGCGCAUUCAAUAACAAAAAUAGCUAAAUCGACGGCACAUGGUCUGUACAUAUGCCCGAGCCAAAUCCCAACAUAACAACGGCAAGGAACAAAAACCGAAAAAACAGUGAAGCAACAGAUACAAUACAAAAAUUUUAAUUUGAAAAUACAACCCAAACAAAAAUCAAAAGUGAGUCGGCAUUUUUAUUUCCCGUGUGUAUAGUAUAGAGAAAACAAAAAGUGUAAAACACAUAUAUUCUGUUUAUCAGACUCAAGUAUCUCACAGAUACAAUUGCAGUAAAUACAUACAAAGUACGCUCAGCACAGUUAAGUGAAAACAACAAAAUACCAAAACUAAUUGAAUUUGGUCCGCGAAUCAAAAACAACAACCAAAACUUGCAGUAAAAACAAACUCGAUAAAUAAAGCGGAGCUAGGCAGCUAAAAACUGCGCAACCUGUAGCUCAAGCUGGAGCGCCAGUACAGCAACUACAACAACAACAAGUCGUAGUGACGGGCCGUUACUUGGAUUCGAAUUUUGCUUUCAACGUCGCGCGCGAGUUACGCGGAAGCGACUGGAGCUGACCAAAAUCCAUGCCACGACCAACGCGUUGCCAUUAGUUGGAAAACAAGCGACAACACCAACAACAACAGCAGCGAAUAUUGUUUACAGAAUACAAAGUCUUUUCACCAAUCCCCAUUCACCGAAACAACUACAACAACAACAACAAUCAGGAAAAAUGUGGUGCAUUGUCAAUUUGCCGAACGGUACGCAGCAGGCGGUCAAAUGGGACCCAAAAGCCAUAGGCCAGGAGUGCCUCGAGAAGGUCUGUAAGGCGCUCGGAAUUAUUUGCGAGAUGGAAUACUUCGGUCUGGAACACUGGACGCCCAACCAGAAGGAGUCUCGCACACGUCAAUGGAUUAAUCUGCGCAAUCGUCUGUCCUGCGACAGUGGCAGCAGCAGUAGCGGCAUUCAGUUGAUGCUGGCCUUGAGGGUCAAGUUUUGGGUGCCGGUUCAUUUCAUCCUACAGGAGAGUGUGCGCAACCUUUUCUAUAUGCAGGCACGGGUUGAUCUGCUCGAGGGUCGGCUGAGCGCUCAUGAUUGGAGCAAUGCUGCCAAGCUGGCGGCCCUGCUCUGCCAAGCGGAUGGUCUGCGCUUCAACGAGCAAUCGCUGCAGGCCGAGUGCCCCAUGCGUAUGCGUCGGGAGCAUGAGAGACUGCGCCAACAGCAACAGCAACAACAGCAGGCGCAGCAGCUGAAGGAGCGCAAGGAGAAGGAUCAUGUGUUGUCGUUGAAGAAACGGCGGCUAUCGAAACAGAAGUCCGUAGAGCAUAUCGACGUCCCACAAGCGAUAGGCACGGCUCUGAGCUCUAGUUAUGGUGCUAGCAGCUAUCUGGCCUCGCAAUCCUACUCGCUGUCGGCUCCUUCUAGCAGCACAGUGACAGGCAACAGCCAUCCCGCCUCCAAUUCCUCUGCCUCGCCCUCUCCCAGUGCCGGUUCCAGCAGCUUGGCCGCCAACUCUUCGUCCACCUCUACGAGUCCCAGUAACACAAGCAACCUCUUGGCCCAAGUCCAGUCCCAGCCACAACCUCAAACACAGGCCCAGGCGCAACAGGGCCUGGAGGAGCGUCUGGCCGCCAACCCCCUGAGAAUCUACGAGAAUUACCUGAUAUUGCCCGUUAGCGAGUAUGGCACUGAGCCCCCAGAGGACUUUCUGCACCAGAUCGCAGUCGAACACAGCAAGCUUGCCAAGCUAAAGAUGAUACCCAAGUCGGCCAAGUACUGGCUGUUGCAGGAGAUUCAGGAGUUGAGUGGCUAUGGCGAGGAGCUCUUCAGUGGUGUGACCACAAACGAGAGCGCUACGCGUUGCGACAUUGCGGUGGGCGCACACGGUAUUACCGUUAGUCGCGGGGAAGACAAACAAAGCAUUCCCUUUAGCGCCAUUGCCGCCGCGAAAUCGCUGCGUCGCACCUUCAAGCUGGAAUAUGUAGACGACCAUAACGAUCGCAAGGAUCUCGAAAUCAAGUUACCAAAGCAGCCGAUUGCCGCCGGUCUCUAUCGGUCCAUCACCGAGCGCCACGCCUUCUAUGUGUGCGACAAGGUGCGAGGUGUGGUCACAAAUCAAUUUACACGCGAUCUCAAGGGCACCAUCGCCUCAAUGUUCAAGGAGGACACGGAGCUGGGCAAGCGCUAUGUCUUCGAUAUACAGCACACCUGUCGGGAGGUGCACGAUCAGGCGCGUCGGAUUCUGCAUGAGCGUGGCGUUGAGCUGACGGCUCAUGCGCUGGCCGGCGGAGAUGGAGGCGCGGCCGCUGUAGAUAGUGCUGUGAUCGGUGCCGUUGCAGGCGGCGGAGCCGCUAGUAAUGGAUUCGGCUUGGAUGCCACUUGCGUCAGUUCCAUGGCUGGCAAGAUAGAUUUGGCAAUACGCGAGAAGGAGGAGCGUGAGGCGGCGAUUGAGCGUUGCGUCGACUCGCGCAUCUCAGAGGCAAUGACCUGCAAGAUCUGCAUGGAUCGCGCCAUCAACACAAUGUUCAAUCCGUGCUGUCACGUCAUCGCAUGUGCGGAAUGCGCUGCAAGGUGCAACAAUUGCCCGAACUGUCGCGUCAAAAUCACGAGCGUGGUCAAAAUCUAUCUGCCCCCUGAACUGCGCACAAGCCAAUCUGGCAGCAGCAGCACCGAUGACAGCGCGGACAGCGGCCACGCCCUCCAAGCGGACAACUCGCCCGCUGGUGUCGACGAUUCCGUCCCGUCCACAUCCUCAUCAGCGACCGGCGCAGCAGCACCUGGAGCGCCCCCCAAAGUCACGACGGCUGCCUAGAAUUGGUUGUGCUCGCUGCUGUUCCGGCUGAUGGAAUGGGUGUGCGUGCCGAUCGUCUGAGCUGGGGACCUGUUAUCUGUAAUGAUCGUUGAUGGGGUUGUUGUCAUUACCCAAGACCAUUAACCAGAGGGAACAAACCAAAUAUUUACAACAACAGCAACUACACACAAGAAAAAGAAAAAAAGAGGAAACCAUUAAAAGAGAGCGGAUAAUAUGGACUUGCUAUGGUAACCGGCCAUAAGUGCAGGUUGUUUCUGUAACUGUAACUGUAAACGGUACUACAAUCCACGAUCUAUCUAUCUUUACUCAAGUAUUUUAUGGACAUAAGCUAAUGAAGUGUAACUGUAAUCAUAGGGUCGCCUAUACCCCGACCAGAAAGUGCUAUUUACUACUUACGUGUACUUCGUCUAAGACUUUUCACUGUACAUCAAACGCAUAGAGAGUUUAAUAUACAUAUAAUCUACCUAUUAAUUAAUACUUAGUAUGUAUGUACGUACACCUAGAUAAAUGAUAAUCGCAACGAUGCUAAAGUAGACCGUACCGUACCGAUUGAGUGUAAUAAUCAUCAUAAUAAUCAAAUCAAAACUAGUAUUAUUACGGAUGACGAUCGAGUUGGCGGUCGAGAGAAAGCGAGCAGCUACUCACAUCAGUUACUUACUAAUUGUUAGUGUUUUACGCAUAAAACUAGACUAAAGUCGAAUGAAUGUAUUUAUUGCUAAUGCUACGUGUAACCUCUUAGUAUUUAUUAACUAUACUAUACUAUACUAUACUAUACUAUACAUAUAUACUAAAUACUAUAGCUACCCGUUGAUGCAACCAACCCAAUUCUCAUGUAUAUAGACAAGCGUACAAUAAUCGCAAAUUUAAGGAGCAACUAGCCUAAGUACCUGCAACACGUAUCUCUGCAGCAGAUAUUACGUAGUCAAUAAAUGUUAACAUGUUACAAAUUCAA